UGUCGGAGCGAGAGUGCUGGCACGAGCCCUGAUAUUUUGUGUAACUCUUUGUGUUUUAGCUUUACUGGUGCAGCUCGUGCAGCUCGUGCAGCUCGUGACUUGUUUCUAAAUGGCUAAAAGUAAGAAGUCUCUGAAGAGCCUGUUCUCCAGAAGCGAGCUGAACCUGAAGGAUUCCUCAGAGAAGGAUGAGAGCAGCGCUCGCUCCAAAACACUCAAAUUCUUCACCUGGAGAAAAAAGAAGAAGACACCAGGAGACACCACAGCCACCGACAGAACUGAAUCUCCUGAUCCCAGUGUAGAGGACUGGCCUGAUUCUGACCAGAGGACAUCUAUUUACGCUACUGCCCCAAGGUCAAAGGGGCUCCUCAGUAAGUCUGAGACUGACCUCCACAAACGCAAAGGCUUCACUUCAUUCUCUCUGGGCUGGAGGAAGAAAAAGAAGAAAAUAGCACUUGCCCAGAGUGUUGCUAGCAUCGAUACUGAGCCAGAUGUCAAUGACCAAACCAGAGAGCAGCAAAAUGAAGAGGAGGAAGACCUGGAGGAGAAUGUUUUCAGCCAAGAAGCACAAAGUGAGGUGGUUAAACCUGCAUCCACUCAUAACCUGCCCUCUUUUGUCUUCAUUGACCAGCUGAUAGAGUCUGAAGGAGUUCCAGAAGGUCCUAGCCCAGCCUCAGCUCCUUUUACACCAGUUACCUUGGAUGGCACCUUCAUUUCUUACAUUGAUUCAGACAGUGAUGGUUACCACACUCCUCCAGAAAGUCCUGAUAUGGAUGCAAUGGCAUUUUUUCAUGCACAAACGGACAACACUACCAUUGGUCAAUCUCUUGAUGACUCAGUUGGAACCUCUUUCAAUCUUUAUCCUGAAACAAAUGCAGAAAUAACGACCACCACAAAGUUUGCCACUCAUGAAAGCCAAGAAUCCAAUAUUUCUACAAGAGAUUUCACCACAGAUAAUGAUGACAUGGUCCAAGCAGUUCUCGGAACCAUGAGCUUUCCUAUGAGUCCAUUGGACAAUUCUUCUGCAGUGCCUGCAAGUGCAGCAUCAGUCAUUGAACCAUCUACCAGCUCCCUCAUAAAUGGACACCAAGCCAAUACCAGCAUCAUGAUCCCUGAUUCCGGCUCUAAAAUUUCAGGAAUAGAGGAAGCUGACUCAUCACAAGGUCACACGGAGUCAAAUAACCCAUACGCCACAGUCUCUACUUCAGUUUUACCACAGAACUCCACCUUCAGACCAGCCACGAGCCCUUCCACCAAACAAAUCUCUAGUCAGGUCACUACAGAUAAGAUGAUUGUUGGACAAAUUGACUACCCUUCCAAAAUUGGACCUACAGAAAUGUCAACCAACAAUAGUGAUAGUGCCAUUCAGGUUCCUACACCUGAAUUGUCUUCAAACACCAAGCAACAGAGCUCAGAUCCCAGUCUAGAUGCUGGUCCCGGUCAGGCCUUGCAUUCCAUUGGUGAAGCCUUUGGUGACUCAAUUGUGAAAAAUGAAUCUGACUCUUUUCCCAAAUCUCAGAACCUUUCAGUCUCUCCAAAAGUCAUCUCAUCAACUACAGAACUUUACAGCUUCUCUCUCGAUCAUCAUAUCUCUGACAAAGUUUCUGCAGUGGAUACUUCCAAGAACAGAACAGAAUCCACAUCUACUGAUGUAGCUGAUUCAAACCAGUCCAUUUGUGCUGCUGUCGAACAAGUUUCCCAUGACUUUGAACCUGUCCAACUCGAAAAUAAGCCAAACAUCUCCUCAAAGACAGGAAAUACUAUCAACACAUCUGACUCAGGAUCUCCAUAUACCACUAAGACAAAUAUGUCAUCCACCAUGACGUAUGGAAGCUCAGAUCACAAUCCCAGCCAUGACUGGGCAUCAUCAUCCUCUGGUGACUCAGUUCUGAGAGAGGAAUCUGAUUUAAUCCCCAAAUCUCUGGACAUUCCAGUCCUUCCAGAAGUAAUCUCAUCAAACAUAGAACUUUCCAGCUUGUCCAUUGAUCGUAAUAACUCAAUGGAUGUUUCUGUAGUGGAAACUUCCAAGACCAGCACAGAAUACAACUCCACUGAUGUCCCUAACUCAAACCAGCCCAUUCUUGCUGCUACUGAACAAGUUUCCCAUGGCUUUGAACCUGCCCAACUCAAGGAUAAUUCAAAUAUUUCCAUAACAAAAGGAGACACCAUCAAUACCUUUGACUCAGGGUCCUCAUACACCACUAAGACAAAUGAAACCAGCACAGAAUCCUGUUCUACUGAUGUAACUAACUCAAACCAGCCCAUUCUGGCUGCUAUUGAACAAGUUUCCCAUGACUUUGAAACUGGCCAACUCCAAGACUCCAACUUUAAAUCAAAUAUCUCAUCAACAGCAGUAGACCCCAUUAAGACCUUUGACUCAGGGUCCUCCUACACCUCUCAGACAAAUCUGUCAUCCACCAUGAUGCAUGAAAGCUCAGAUCACAAUCCCAGCCAUGGCCAAGUUUUGUCAAGCUCUAGUGACUCAAUUCAACUCAAGGAUAAUUCAAAUAUCUCCAUAACUAAGGGAGACACCAUCAAGACCUUUGACUCAGGGUCCUCAUACACCACUAAACAGACAAAUCUGCUCAGCACAGGAUCCUAUUCUACUGAUCUCACCAUCUCAGACAAGCCAGACUCUACUACUGUUAAACCACUUUCCCAUGGUUUUGAACCGGCCCAACUUCAAGACACAAACCUUAAGUCAACUAUCUCCUCAACAACAGUAGACCCCAUUAAGACCUUUGACUCAGGGUCCUCCUACACCGCUCAGACAAAUCUUUCAUCCACCAUGAUGCAUGAAAGCUCAGAUCACAAUCCCAGCCAUGGCUUGGCCUCGUCAACCUCUAGUGACUCAGUUCUGAAAGAUGAAUCUAAUUUUAUCCCCAAAUCUCUGGAUAUUCCAGUCCUUCCAGAAGUAAUCUCAUCAAACACUAAGCUUUCCAGCUUCUCUAUCGAGCGUCAUAACUCAGAAGAAGUUUCUCCAGUGGAUUCUUCCAGGAUUAACACCGAAUCCAACUCUACUGAUGUCACAGACUCAAACCAGCCCAUCCUUACUGUGGUUAAACCUGUUUGCCAUGACUUUGAACCUGCCCAACUCAAGGAUAAGUCAAAUAUUUCCAUAACAAAAGGAGACACCAUCACGACCUUUGACUCAGGGUCCUCAUACACCACUAAACAGACAAAUAUGUCCAGUACAGAAUCCCAUUCUACUGAUCUCACCAUCUCAGACAAGACUGACCUUACUGCUGUUAAACCAGCUUCCCAUAUUCAAGAUAAGUCAAGCAUGUCCUCAACCACAGGAGAAACCAUCAAGGCCUUUGAUUCAGGGUUGUCAUACAACACUAAGACAAAUCUGCCGUCCACCAUUAUGUACACCGACAUGGCCAGACUUGACCACCAUUCCAGGAAGAUAACUGACCUUGCUGAACAAGUUCCACCAGAACCAACAAAGGUCUGCACUGGGCUUCCAUCUAAAACGUUUAACAACGACAAAGGUACUCCCAACACAUCGUCCCUUGACAAUGUCCCUACUGCCACAGAUCUCCUGCCCACACAUCCAGACGUCCAUCACCAUCCUACCAGUGGUCUAACUGAACGACAGGAAGUAAAUAUGGCCACUCUAAACAAUAUGAGGACAAAUAAAGCAGGUGAAAGCCAUGCUGAAGAGCAAAUAUUGUCUCAAGGACAGGAUGGGUUUGCGGACCGUACUGAACCUGCCUGGAAGAGUGUGACACUUGCAAAUGAUUCUGAAUCAGUUGAUUCAGUUACUGUUAAAUCAGUUCAGAAGAAAUACAGUGGGUUUGAAAAUCCAGUGAAGAAUUUGGAUGAGUUUACAGACCAUGAUAAACAAGUGUGGAAGAGUGUGACCCUUCCAAAUGACUCUAAAUCAGUUGAUUCAGUUACUGCCAAAUCAUUUCAGAAGAAAUACACUGGGAUUGAUACCCCAGUGAACACUUUGGAUGAGGUUCAGCUGACCUCCUCAGAGAAAGAGAAGAUGAAGGAUGAACAUCUUUCAAGAAACCAAGGACAAGAAUCGACCAUUGUAAAACAAGUACCCUAUGAAUCUGAGGCAAGUUUGAAAGCACAACAAUUCGGAGAAGUUCAGGACCAGUCAGGCCGAGAAAGUGAGAUACUGGAAAGUGAAGCAGCCCAGCAACUUUCGCAUCUGGCUAUUACAAAACCGGACACACCAGUUCUGCGAGAAUGUGUGCUUGAGGAAUGCACGACUGCCGCUCCCUGGAGUCCACACGGGGAGGCGUCAAUGACAGACUGCAGCCUGGCAGCACACACUGACCUGGGGACAGGGUACAGCCCCUCCCUGGCCAUGCUGUCUGGAGGCGCGAUAACACUACAGGAGCACAGGAGAGCUGGGGGCGGGGCUAAGGGGAGUGCCGUUAGCCUCCAUGCUGAGAAAGAGGAUAGGGCUGCUACACAAGAGCAGGUGACACUCACAGAAACUAGCAGAGCAUCAAGAACAUCUCCAGAAGAUCUUAAAGUCAGCUCAGGUGAAGGAAAGGAAUCGGACUACAGAAGAGAGGAGGUUCAGGACACGUCCAGCCUCUUCAGACCUUCUUACACAACAGAGAAAACCCUUCAGUCUACGCCUAAGUCUAAGACGAUAAGGGAUACUCUCGAGGACACACCUGUACCUGUACCACCUGAGAACGAAGACCAAGACAGAUAUAGUGCUGCUGGGACUCAGCACCAGCCCAGAGGAGGGUUAAGCCCUUUAAGCCUCUUUUCAGAGGCAGCAUCCGCAAACACUGUAGAAACUUCCAGGACUUUGACUGAGAUAGGAACGUCUCCCUCAGGAGUCAUUGUUUACCUCAGGGAAUUCGGCCUUGACAACAGUGAGGAAGAGGACGGUGGUCAAUCUACAGGAACCAGAGCCAUCCCUGACCACAUCUACACACCAGCUGGCCAGUUCUCCCAUGCAUUCUCAGUCCUCAGUACAGUAGAGGAAGAGUCUGACACUGAGAUUCCCGUAGAAAGUUCUUCUGAAUCCGAUUCGGAGAUGAGUUCUGGGAUCGGGGUCCUGAGCACCACUCUUACUCUGAAGCCCAAAGGCUCGGUGGAGGGAAGAGAAGAUGGAAAACGGGUGCACAAAGUGUCCUUAGUCAGCAAUAACAGCAGCAGUAGCAGCAGCAGCUCUAUCAGCAGCUCUAUCAGCAGCUCGGAGGUUUAUUCAGCUGAAAACGGACUGAGAGAUGAAAUACAGACCAAUGGUUCAAACCAUGAUAAUCAUGACUCGCUCACCACAGAAGAACCCUCAUCCUCAGUUCUGGACAGAUCACGCUUAUAUGAUCUCUCAGAUAAAACAUACCUGUACUCCUCCUCCCUGUCCAGCUCCAGUUAUGAGCCUACACCAUAUUCCUCCACCUCCUCCUCCUCCUCCUCCUCUUCUUACUCCUACUCCUCCUAUUCUUCUAUGUCUUCUGAAGCUCCUCCCUCAUCCGUGUCCAUUGACACCACCGAUAGCCUCGGCAACAGUAGCUGGGGGAAUUUGAGGAGCGAAGUCCAGCCGAGCAGCGAGAGCGAGUUAGCAGGAGGUAGGAGGAGGUGGGAGGAGCCUGUUACACCUGCAGGAGAGGGAGGCAUAACAAACACAGGCUCAGACUCGCACGCCCAGCAAACAGAGCAGUCAGACAGCUACUUCUCCGGCGUCUUCAAGGCUACCCGGGUGGAGCUUCCAUCCUCCCCAACGGACGCUCUCCCGGACCUUGAUCCAGACACCUCCAUGCCCGCCUCCCCCCACGACAUGGACACCCUGCUGGACACCCUGAAGAGCAUGGGGCCACCUGUCCGCCACAGAACGCUCCGCAACUCCUCUAGCCAGCCCUUCUCCUCGCUUCCUCCUAUCGUAGAAGAUGCUCCGAGUCCCAGUUCUGUACCUCUUUCUAGCCCAACUUCUCCUGAACCAAAACCCCUAAGCAGCCUUCCUCCAGACCUGGGCCUCAACUGGAGCAGCAUGAAGGACAUGCGUUCCCCUCUGACCAUGAUGAAAGAGCAGCAGGCCUCAGAACUGUCCUCCCGUAGCCUCAUCCUUCCCUCGCGAGCUUCCACCAUCAGCAGCAUCGUCAUGCGCAAGAGCUCCCUACCUGACCUCACUUCAGAGGAUGGAAGUCUCACCAAUGGAGGAGGAUCCCUUCUGGGACCUUCCCGCCUGGACCACAGCCUGAUUUUCUCCAGCUAUCGCUCAGAACACGACGGUUCUCAAGGUUCUCAAGACGGAAAAGCUCUGGGAAGUCGCUCGCUCUUCAGAACAGCUUCACUGCCCGAGGUCAGCUCCAGCCUCGACCGCCUCAGCAUGCCUCCCAAGAGUAUCGAACAGCUAGGCUCCGGUACGUCUCGCUUUGAUCGGCUAUCUUUCCUCACGUCUCCACCAGGAUCCCUCACAGGGCUGAACGAGAUGUCGUCUCGUAUGAGCGUGUCCCCUUCCUUCCUGCAAAACAACGCCACCGUAGAAAGCCCAACGUUCAACCACACGCCUCCCAGCAGCCUGGAGCUGUUUCGCACCCUCUCGCCAGAAUCGCCGGUCAAGCACCAACCUCCGCCGAGCCUACAGCGCAGCCUGAGUUCUGAGGGACACUCUGCAGGGUCGCCUGUCUUUAACGGCGCCAUGCGAGGCUUCGGAGCACCCCAGGAACAGGAGCCAGAGAGGAACUUUGUGGCCAAGUACAGAGCGUUCCCUGACGCCUAUCUGACCAAAGAGAAGGAGCAUGGCAAACUCAACCCUCGUCCAGGAAAGAUGUUCAUCUUUAAUCGGCCUGGACUGCGCGGACAGAGGACUGAGAUACGGGGGGACGUGAUGGACGCUACCGCUUGGCAGUUUCCUGAGAGCAUAUCCAUUAGAGUGGUCAGAGGAGGGUGGGUGCUGUAUGAGAAGCCAGACUUCAAGGGUGAGAAGAUCGCUCUGGAUGAAGGUGACAUCGAGCUGACGUAUCCGUGGAGUCCUGCUGAAGACCAACAUGGACCCACGCAGAACGGAACGCAGGGGUCCGAGGAGGAGAGCUCAGAACCCAAACCACCAGCAAGAAGACAGUUCAUCAUCGGCUCUCUGCGCAGAGCAGUGAGGGAUUACAGCGUUCCAGAGAUUUGCCUGUUCCCGGAGGAGAACGCAGAGGGGAAGAAAAUCGUGUUCCGGGACACGUCUGAGGACGCCAGGAUCUUCGGCUUUCCUAUCAAAGCAAGCUCCAUCAUCAUCAACGCUGGACUGUGGCUGGUGUUCGCAGAGCCGUUCUUCCAGGGGGAUCCGCGAGUGCUGGAGGUCGGAGGCUUCCCAAACCCUGCAGCCUGGGGCGUCUCACAGCCCUACGUCAGCUCAGUGCAUCCUCUCAAAAUUGGGGAGCCUAAAGUUGAGAAGCCAAACGAGCCAAAACUGGUGAUCUAUGAAAAGCCGUACUUCACUGGGAAAAGCCGGGAGAUCUUCACCAACUCCAGAGACUUCAUGAGCAGAGAGAGCAAUCAGCAGCAGGCGUUCAUGUUCAACGCCGGAUCCAUUAAAGUCAUCGGUGGCAUAUGGGUGGGCUACGAGAAGGAAGGUUUUCGGGGGCACCAGUACCUGCUGGAGGAGGGAGAGUACCAUGAUUGGCGGGUGUGGGGCGGCUGUGACUCUGAACUGCGCUCAGUACGCGUCAUCCGAACAGACCUGUCCCAGCCCACGCUGGUGAUGUUUGAGAUGAUGACUGAGGAGGAGGAGCAGGAGCAGGAGGAGCGGACGUUUGAGGUGACGGAGGCAGUUCCAGAUGUGGAGCUCUUCGGCUUCCGGCCGGCCACUCGCUCCAUCCACGUACUGAGUGGAGCGUGGGUGGCGUACUCUCACGUGGAUUACUCUGGACACCAGUUCGUUCUGGAGAAAGGCUUCUACAAUAACUGUGCAGACUGGGGCUCUGAAGACAACCGCAUCUGCUCUAUCCAGCCCAUCCUGCAGGCUCCAGCUUAUGGCCCCAAGAUCCAGAAUGAGCUGCUGCUGUUUUCAGAACCAGGCUUCCAGGGCAAGUGCCGAGCGUUUACUCAGAGCCACGACUCUCUGCCUGAAAGUCUCCCAGUGCAGUCCUGCAGGGUGGUGGGUGGAAGCUGGGUGUUUUAUGAUGACAGUAACUACAUGGGAAACCAGUAUGUAUUAUCAGAGGGGGAUUAUGCUAAUUUCAUCAGUAUUGGAUGCCCAGCCAAUUAUUCCCUACGCUCUAUCAAAUCUGUGCCAAUGAUGUUUUCGGUGCCAUCCAUCUCUCUGUUUGGGCUGGAAUGUUUCGAGGGUCGGGAAGUCACGGUGGAGUCGGAGGUGUCCAACAUGAUAGAAGAUGGGUUUAACCCACACGUCCUGUCUGUGAGAGUCAAUAGUGGUUGUUGGGUGUUAUGUGAGCACACAAACUACAGAGGGCGCCAGUACCUGCUGGAACCUAUUGAGAUUACAAACUGGCACAAAUUCAGCUCCCUCUCCACUAUUGGCUCAAUGUACCCAAUCCGAGCGAAACGGAAACUUUUCCGGAUCCGGUACAAAGAGACCGGGCACUACAUGUCCGUUCAGGGUGGAGUGGACACUAUGAAGUCAGGCCGGGUGGUGGUGUCCGAGCAAGUGGAGGGCAUGAGCGACAUCUGGUUCUAUCAGGACGGCCUCCUCAAGAACAAGUUGGCUCCGACCAUGAGUCUGCAGGUGAUGGGUAGUGUGGAGUCGGGGUCGAAGGUGGUGCUGUGGUCAGAAACUCGAACGCCGGUUCAGAGAUGGAGCGCUCAGCUCAGCGGCGCCAUCUCCAGCCUCACCUUCCCCGGCCUGGUGCUGGAUGUAAAGGGUGGUAAAACGUACGAUAAGGAGCAUGUGAUCGUUCAGAGUGAAGGUGAAGAAAGUGCUGCAGAGCUCUGGGAGCUAGAACUUCUUUAAUCCCAGCGUCCCACUUUUAAACCUCUCAGGUUCACGGCUGGAUAAACUCCUCGUCUUUCUUUCCACCCGUUCAACCUGUUCUUUCACUUGUUUUAUCAGUUAGUUUCUCAUCCCAUAUUUUACUUUACAAUCUUAGUUUUAUUUUAUUUUUACACCAACUGUUUAAAAUUUAUCAGAUAAAUCACUUUAUACAGGGUUCCACCGAGUUUACAAAAAUGACCUAUUUAAAAAUAAGACACGGGGGGGUGGGUGGAUCAGAUUCAGCUUGGUGCCUCCAGCAGCUGAGGAGUGCAUUGUUGUUUCACGGUUGAAAUUGAGACUUGUAUCUUUUACCAAUGACCUAUUGAACAGUUUUUUUUUUUUAGCAAAAAUAUAAAUUACUAAUAUAAAAAUAUAGUGCACUGUUCUAAAAACAGGUGCUUUAACAUGAAAAAUGUUCACUAAUACUAAGAUCUGAACAUCUAGCUAACAUCAGCUAGAAUACUGAACACCUAGCUAACGUCAAUGUGGAAUACUUAAUAUCAAGCUGGAUCCCAUUAGCUAAAGUAGUUAACAUCUAAUGAACUUUAGCUACAAUGCUUAGCAUCUGGCUAACAUCAGCUAGAGUACUAAACAUCUAGCUAAUGUCAGCUAGAAUACUGAACAUCUAUCUUGAUAUCAUUAGCUAAAGUGGUUAAUAUUUAGCUAACAUGAGCCAGAGUAGUGAACAUCUAGCUAACAUUAGCUACAAUACUGAACAUCUAUCUAACGUCAAUGUAGAAUACUUAAUAUCAAGCUGGAUCCCAUCAGCUAAAGUGGUUAAUGUCAAGUGAACUUCAGCUUGAAUGCUUAACAUUUGGCAUGAACUUGAACAGCUAACCUUCACCAGGAUGCUUAACAUCUAGCUAACAUCAUGUAGAAUACCGAGCAUCUAGCUGCAUACCAUCAGAUAAAGUGGUUAACAUCUAGUGAGCGUCAGUUACAAUGCUUAACAUCUAGCUAACAUCAGCCAGAGUAGCGAACAUCUAGCUAAUAUUAGCUAGAAUACUGAACAUCUAGCUAACAUUCGCUAGAAUACUGAACAUCUAGCUAACAUUAGCUAGAAUACUGAACAUCUAGCUAACAUUAGCUAGAAUACUGAACAUCUAGCUAACAUUCGCUAGAAUACUGAACAUCUAGCUAACAUUAGCUAGAAUACUGAACAUCUAGCUAACAUUCGCUAGAAUACUGAACAUCUAGCUAACAUUCGCUAGAAUACUGAACAUCUAGCUGGAUACCAUCAGCUAAAGUGGUUAACAUCUAGUGAACUUCUUCUUAAAUGUUUAACAUCUAGCUAAAUUAGCUAAAUCAGUAAACAUCUCGCCAACAUCAGCUAAAAACGUGAACAUAUUUAGCACUAAAACCAUGUAACCAUUUUAUAUUUUAUAUUAUUUUCUAUAUUUAGAGGUUUGUAGAGUUGUCUCUAUUCAGCUGAUUGAACCUGCCCCCCCCCCCGUGCAUUAAUUAGAGACCACCCCAUAUAAACAUUGUCAGUUUGUUUACAGUGUUAAUUUAAUAAUUUUGUUCUAUAUCAUUGUAAUAACACUGUUUAUAAUAUUAUUAUUAAUGAAAAUAUCCAGCAGUUACUACAGAGAGCACCUUAGAUAAUAUAUAGAUAUAUAUAUAUAUAGAGAGAGAGAGAGAAAUGAUGAUGAUCUCAGACAGGACUUUAUCAGCAGCUCCUCGGUUGCCUUGUUGUGAACAUUAAAGCACAUCAAUCCAGUUUUAUGUGACGUCUAGAUGCUGCAGAAAAUGCUUUUAAAUAUAAAUAUUUGAUUUACGCUGUGUUGUUGGUGUAUGUAGGUAUGAUGCUGUAUACAGUAUGUAUUUUAUAUGAAAGUCUAUAAUGUACUAUACCUUUAGCUGUCGCUGUGCUAUCGGUUUUAUUCUGAGGUGUUUCUAUGAAAAGCUUUUUUUAUUACAUGCCAAUUUACACUAGUGUUCAAAAGUUUGGAAUCUGAUUCUGACAUUUUUUAACUAUUAAAAACUCAACAUUUACUCAUUUACUAUUAAAAUGUUUAAAGUUGUAAGAGUAUUUUAAAAGUUUCUACUAUUAUUCAAUAUUUUACGUAUUUUCAUCAGGUUUUUGUGUGUUGAGAUGCAUUUGUCACCUUUGAAAUGCAUCAUAAAGGCAUUAUAAAUAUAUUGUUUCAUACAAUAUUUGUAGAAUAUAUAUAUAUAUAUAUAUAUAUAUAUGUAUAAUUUCUACAGGCCUGUUUAUUAUCACUGUGCACGCAUCUAAAAUAUCUAAAAUAGGAUUAUUGAGAAUGUUGAUUCCAAACUUUUAAACCUAGAUUGCAUUCUUUUGAAUGAUAGUGUGUGAAUGUGUGUGUGUGUGUGUGUGUGUGUGUGUGUGCGUGUAUGUGUGUACAUAUGAGUAUUAAGCGUGAGUGCUCUGUAACAUGUAUUUUUUCAAAGUAUGAUGUGAAAUAUUACAUAACAGGGAGUGGCUUUAAUUUUUUAAUAAAAACAAACAUUUAAAAACAA